CCCUACCGGAAUCGUGCGGAGGAAUCCUCCGGCCAGUUUGUUUCUCUCCAAGCCUGGUGGCAGCUGAGUGCUCGAGAGGAUUCUCAGGUCGUCGGACGGCGGCGGGCUGCGUUGGGAACCUGGUUCUGCCGGCGGUUCUGGAGCCGCAUAUGAGAGUACCACAUAUGACAAGGGUCAUCCAUGACUCGGGAGAAGGCAUGCAGAAAGAGGCACUUGAUAUGGUGUCGUCCGAUGUUAACUUCCCCAAGGGCCAUUUUCCAGACUACAGGAUUGGGCCAAACAACCAAAUCAUUGACCCAGAGGAGACGCACGAGGUUGUACCUUUAAAGGAGAUUGUCGCCAAGGAAACAACGCAGCUGCUAGAGCAGCGAAGGCGGCUGUCCGUGCGUGAUCUCAGGGAGAAGUUUGAGAAGGGUCUGUCUGGUGCCUCGAAGUUAACUGAAGAGGCGAAGAGGCGAGACACAGCUUCACUGGAUAGGCAGGUUCUUUUGAAGAAGCUCAGAGAUGUUUUAGACACUUUGAAAGGCCGGGUGGCUGGUCGAAACAGAGAUGAUGCUGAUGAAGCUAUCUCACUGGUGGAAGCACUAGCAGUACAACUUACUCAAAGAGAAGGAGAACUAAUUUAUGAAAAGGCUGAAGUAAAAAAGUUGGCUAGCUUCCUCAAGCAGGCUACUGAAGAUGCACGAAAGGUGGCUGAAGAGGAAAGAGCUCUUGCACUUGCUGAAAUUGAAAAAUCUCGAGCUGCAAUAGCAAAAGUGGAGAAAGCACUGCAGGAGCAUGAUUCAGCAUCAACUAGCAGGGAGAAGGAGGAGAUAGAGGAACUUAGAAAAGAGAUCCGAGAGGCUAGACGAAUAAAAAUGCUACACCAGCCAAGCAAGGUAAUGGAUAUGCAGUUUGAGCUUCAGGGAUUGCGGACACUCAUAUCAGAAAAAACUGAGCUUUGCAAUCAGUUAAAGAAAGAGCUUGCCAUGAUCAAGAGGCUUGAACAAGAUAGCUCUAAACUCUUUGAGCUUGAGGGUUCCAAUACUCUUGGAUCACAGUUCCAUAUCAUCCCUCGAGUUGAUGGUGCUCCAGACAUCUCAAGCUGUCCAGCACAGUGGUACCGUGUAAUUUCUGGAGGCAGCAGAGAGCUCAUAUCGGGAGCAACAAGACUUGCAUAUGCUCCAGAGCCAUUUGAUGUUGGCCAAUUGUUGCAAGCGGAGAUAGUUUUGAAAGCAGAUAAAGUUACAGUUCAGACAGAUGGUCCUAUAAAUCCUGCUUCAGGUCUGGAACGAUAUGUGGACUCGCUAAUGAAAAGAACAGAUACCGAGUUCACUGUUGUAGUCACCCAAAUGAAUGGGAAUGAUUACUCAUCGAACUCUGUCCAUGUAUUUCAUAUUGGAAAACUGAGAAUAAAGCUUCGAAAAGGAAGAUCUACAAAAGCAAGAGAGUCAUAUUCCACCACAAUGAAGCUGUGUGGAAGCCGCGGUGGUGGUAAUGCUGCGGCUUGUGCAGUUUUCUGGCAAGCUAGGAAAGGCCUAUCCUACACAUUAGCUUUCGAAACCGACAGGGAUAGGAAUGCUGCAAUCAUGCUUGCUCGGAAAUUUGCUUCCAAUUGCAAUGUUGUUCUCACUGGACCGGGUGAUCAAGUACAUGGUGGCGGCUGACGAAGUAAUUAUGCCUGGCUUGACAACAUUGUGCAUGUAAUUAGAUUGUGAAUUUGGGUGCUUGUCUAUUUGUGUUUGUGUGAGAGUAGAGGUUGUACACGAGGCUUUCCCUUUUCAACACGUCCUGUGAAGGCAAUCUUUUUAUUUGCCUGCCUGCAGCUCUAAAGAUGUGCAGUACACGUUGAUUGAUUUUAUCUUGUGUAUUACAUAUGUCUGACACUUGAGAAAAAAAGGCUUUCAAGUGUAGCCCAGGAGCUUUCCCUUGAGUUGUCAAGAAAUGUACAGAUCAAAGAGAACUAUUUCAUCUAUGAUGUAUGUAUUUCUUGUC